UUUAUGCUACUUUCUCUGAAAUUUUCCGGUUUAUUUUUAGAAAUAGUUUUACUUCAAAGUUUUGAUCGCCCCUGUUGUAUGGAAUCGCAGUUAUUUAUUGAUUUAAUGUUCUCUUAGAAACAAUACAAUACAAACAAAAACUAUAGUUAAAGGAUAUAAACAGCGUCCCUAACAACCAUUGUUUGAGUUUUAUUUUGGUUUAUUUCGUUCCGUUAAAAUGAAUGUAUACGAAAUGUCAGAAAGCUUAGAGGCAUUUAUGAAGAGUGUACUGUCGGAAUUUCAGAAGAGCCGGCCACAACCCGGCAACCAACCCAACCCGAACCAACCCAAUAAUCAGGAAAAUUACAAUAGGAGGAAGCAGAGGGGAAAGAACUGGAGAAAGAAAAAGAUUCAACGACACCGUGAACAUUCGGUUCUACAUAAACAGAAAAUCUUAUUGUCGGCAGUAACAUACGCCAUGGCCUCUGCCGUGCUAAAGCACACGGCAAUGGAGGAGGCUACGAGAGGGGCCGUGGUCGAGGCAGGGGAAGGGAGGAGAAUAGAAUAAAUUUUAAAGUUAAGUGUAGAAUAAGUUGUUCUGUUUUGAUUAAUUUGAAAUAAAAAAAUAUCAAAUA